AUGAUAGUAGUAAUUCAUCGAGUUGCCGAAUUUUGGUAUGUUUCAACAGCUAUUACAUAUGAGAAUUAUAGUAGUUCAAUGAGAUAUAUUGAAACAGUUGCAGCUAUACCUUGUAGAUUGGAUAAUAAUUUCGAGCAGUAUGUUUGGUCGCCGCAUUUUGAAUGGAUUCUCGAUGAUGAUGGAAUAUUUAACCAUGAAAAUGUUGCACCGAAUAUUGUUUACGUAAUCUGGAUUGAAUUAUUAAGCGAACCAUUUAAUUUGAAUAGUAAUGUAUUGACGAAGGUAACUGAAAUUGUCCGACCAGCUUAUGAUCAACUUCCCAUUUAUGAUGCGCCAUGGGUUCAAUCUGAAAUACCGGUCGAUGCAGAAUUGCUAUCAGUUCAUUGUUUGCAAUGUCGGCCCAAGGAUAAAAUCAAUCCAGCUGCUAAAUAUUCCGGAUUGGUAAUUUGCCGUGACAUGAUACAUCAGCAAAAACAAGUUGUCUUAUGGUCGGUAGCAACAGGAAUUGUGUACUUUCGUCAUGAACGAUGUCAGAACAUUGCGAUAGGUGCUUGGAUUGAUUUUUCUGUCCGGAUAGGACGAGAUGGUGUUUUGGAAGCCCAUAAAUUGAGAUAUUCAGAGAACCAGAUGGUGUUGACAAGAGAAGUAAAAGGUAGAGCUCAGAUAUGUCAAAAAAUGAAGAUACCAGAAAAUUUACCCGGAAAAGAUUGGGUUUGGGUAAGUGAUGUUGUUGGAAAUGUUUGGAUAGAGUUGGAGCACUUCAAGAAAACAGUAGCGGAUCGAUGGGAUGAAUUAGCUGGAAGUAUCACACGUGUCUGGUUUUCUUGCGAUAAGUUCCAUUCUGCGGUACUCUGGAAAUUUCAUUCUAUUGUCGAACCCAACGAAUACACAGAAACAAUAGAAGGUUGUGAAAAUAUUGAAUGUUUUGCCGAUUUGGUUAUAUUGUAA